AAGGAUAAAAAUUUGUUCUUCGGCCAAAUUUCUGCUCAUUCCAUCACCGCCUAAAAACAAACGGUUCAAAUUCAUCGUUAUAUCAAGUCUAUUACGCUGCAUCACUACAGAUCCCUACCUCUUCUCUUCCUCCAAUUUUUUCUAUUCAUAAUCAUUACAUUUCCUUUAAAAUCUGAAUUAAUAAAUAAAUAGACCGAAAAUCCGAACUUAGUACGACAGAUGUCGGACGCCUAUUGUUCGGAUUGUAAGAAGAGCACGGAGGUGGUGUUCGAUCACUCCGCGGGGGACACAGUCUGCUCUGAGUGCGGACUGGUGUUGGAAUCGCACUCCAUCGACGAGACGUCUGAGUGGAGGACUUUCGCAAACGAAUCGGGCGAUAACGACCCGGUCCGUGUAGGAGGACCCACCAACCCACUUUUGGCCGAUGGCGGGCUUUCCACAGUUAUCGCAAAACCGAAUGGAGCUUCGGGCGAGUUCUUGUCGUCGUCGCUUGGUCGGUGGCAGAAUCGCGGGUCUAAUCCCGAUCGGGGUUUGAUUAUGGCCUUUAAAACAAUCGCUACUAUGUCUGAUAGGUUGGGCCUUGUUGCAACCAUUAAGGAUCGGGCAAAUGAGAUAUAUAAGAAGGUGGAAGAUCAAAAAUCUAGUAGAGGAAGAAAUCAAGAUGCAUUAUUGGCAGCUUGCCUAUACAUUGCUUGUCGACAAGAAGACAAGCCACGCACUGUUAAGGAAAUAUGCUCCGUUGCCAAUGGAGCUACAAAGAAGGAAAUUGGCCGAGCAAAAGAAUACAUUGUCAAACAGCUGGGCUUGGAGACUGGCAAGUCGGUGGAGAUGGGAACUAUACAUGCUGGGGACUUCAUGAGGCGCUUUUGUUCCAAUCUUGGUAUGAAUAAUCAAGCAGUAAAAGCUGCCCAAGAAGCUGUUCAGAAGUCAGAGGAGUUUGAUAUAAGGAGGAGCCCUAUAUCAAUUGCAGCUGCUGUUAUUUAUAUUAUAACUCAGCUUUCAGAUGACAAGAAGCUGCUUCGAGAUAUUUCACUUGCUACUGGAGUUGCAGAAGGGACAAUCAGAAAUUCAUACAAGGAUCUUCAUCCCCAUGUCACAAAAAUAAUACCAAAUUGGUAUGCCAAAGAGGAGGAUCUUAAAAACCUUUCCACCCCAUAAAAUGUAGAGCAUACAAUAAGGUUCAUUGAAUUUUUGACCAAACCUAGUUUGGUUGUGAAAGAGACUGCUGGCAAUAUAUUCACUAAUAUAAAUAGAAAAUUGCUGCCGGAACAAUUUUUGCAAAUCUUUUGAGUUUGUCAUUCAUAUUCUCUGUUCUUCUGAAAGACUGUAGUGUUUUGAACGGGAUUUGGGAAACUAGUAGAUACAUAAAUCUUCUUGCCUUUGGACAUUGCAUCGAUUUUUGUUGGAAUAUCAUCGUUGCCAACUCACUCGCCCAAGAAGGGAUAUGCUAUGAUCUUCAUGAGCAGAUUUAAUCUCUUUCAGAAGAUUUUCUUCAUUGAAAAUCAGCAAAGCUUUCUUAUAUCUUUUUAUAGUUUCAUUGGAAAUUAGAAAGGGAAUAAAGUAUUGGGCUAAAUGGGAGUCAAAUAGAGUAAAGGAGAGACGGAAGUUGACUUUGUAUUUGAGGAGAUGGAGAAAGGUGCGAGUUAUGGUUAAAUGGUAAGAGAGAAGAUGGAGAGAGGUGCGAGGUAUGGCUAAGUGGAAGAGAGUGCGAAUGGAUUAGGAGAAUGUGGUGUUUAGGGUUAUCACAUUGUGGUAGAAUGAUUGUGAUUUCAAUUUUGUGGUGGCGAUAGCGAGGACAAAUGGGGUGUUUUAACAUUUGGAUCGUUUUCAUCCUGUGGUUGAGCUAGAAAUUGACAAAAUUUGAUUGAUAUAAGUAAGGGUCAAGUCAGUCCAAAUCUUGUAAUGAUUUUUUCUUUAUUUCAAACCAUGAAUACUUGUGGGUUUUGAUUAAACCAAUUGAAUCAGUCGGUUAAAUCCAAGUUUCC